GGGUUGCGAUUCUGACAGGCAAGCAAAAUUAAUUGUUGCUGGUAAACUAAAAAGCUGUAUCGACUAAAAUUUACUAACUUUUAGUCAGUUGUAGAGAGAUAAGGUUUUAUAACAUGGCGGCUGAUAAGUUACAACAGAAACCGGGUACUGGUGGUAAAGCUAGCUAAUCUGCUGCGAUGGGAACAAAAAUAAUGAGCUAAUGGGUGUUAGUUUGUCUGUUUUUGUCACCUGUCUGCUCUGUUCACCAUGAAGACUGGGGGAAACGGACAAGACGCAUGAGGCCUUUGGGUCCUGCUAGACAAAUUUAUGGAGCCUGAUGUAAUGCCCCCGCCGUCUUACUCCCCCCCUCCGCUGGAUGAUGACGGUGAUGAUGGGGUGAGGUCAGAGGAGGAUGACUUUGGGGAUUUCUGUAUAGGGGGCGUUUGCUCCCCGCUUGGUCAUGCCGACUUCACAGAGUCAGCAACCCAUCAGUCGGAUGGUCACCUGGUUGAACAAACUCAAUGCACUCCGUCUGAGGAAACUGGGAGCCGCGAUCUUGAAUCUUCUUUGCACUACUCGAAUGGACGGGCUGGAGAAGACCUACAGCCCGGGGCACAAGACUCUUCUGUGGAGGACACGGGGUUUGCUGAUUUCGCUAUGUUCACAGAGCAGGCAGGACACCCCUGGUGUUGUGGCUUCACGGAGCAGUGGGAUGGCAAAGUGGACGAACGCGAAUGUGUUUCCGGGCAGGAGGUUGUCAUGGAGUCUGAGCCUAGAUCCCAGCACGCAGGCGAGGCAAAUGGAGGUAUCUGCGUUGAGGGCGAGCACUGUGAGAAAAGAGAUACAGCACUUGUGCAACCACCUCAGGACCACUGUCAACCUCAGGGAGACGAAGGAAAUGUUUGUUUAGGAGCAGCUGAGGAAGGGCAAAACGUUGUUGGGAAAACUCUGGAUCUCUUUGUGGCAGAGCCUGCUUCCGACAGGGUGUCUUGUCAUGACGAUUGGUCAUCAGAGGAACCAAAUGUUUCAUCCCUUACAUCUCAGUGUGGCCGGUCUGAUUGGGACCAGACUGAUGACGAGGUGGAAGACUGUGGAUAUUCUGAUGCUGUCGUCAGCAGCGCUGUGGAGAAGCUCGGCCCGUCUGAGUUGAAUGUGCCUCACUGUGAUGCCACUCAGGAAACCUCGGCUACCUCCUGCCCAGAGAAACGUACAUACUUCACCGACGCUAACGCCUUGCGUCACAGGGAACCCGCUGAGACAGCUGACACGGGAGCAGAGAGUCUGGGAACCCUUCCACCCAGUGACAGCUUUGCGGAUUUCUGCUCGGCGCCCACGCAGGACGACGAAGAGAGACCAACAUGGGCGGACUUCUCAGACCAAAGCAGACCGGCGGAGGGAAGACCGUCGACACAGCGCAGUGAGCCGGUCGAUGAACAGGAUGGAGUAACAAGAAUGAAUAGCUGUCAGCAGCUCCUCCAGUCCAGCUUCCCAGAGGUCUGUGUCCCCGUUGUGGAAGGUGAGGAGGACCUGCCCAACCUCGGUGCUUUACUUCACAUCCAGCAGCCUGCAGAGACGGAGGAGGAGAUCCCAGAACUCAGCCGUUCUCUGAGGAUUCAGCAGCUGAUGUUCAGCCUAUCAGAGGACAUGCACUGCUCACUUGGUCUCCAGUUUAAGUGGGGAGGUUCUCACAGUAACACUACACUGCUCAGGUGCCUUGGUGUGGACACUAGGAACAUUGUUUUUAUUGGCACAAAGAAGCAGGCAGUGACUGUGCCAGCAUAUGCCUCUUCCCUGGGAAUGCUGGACCCCACCAAAGACCCUUCGCCGGCUGUGUGCUCUCCAGGACGCACGGCCGUCGCGGCACCCUCAGGGCCCCCGGAAACACAGAAACCCUCGACUCCUUCGGCGCAGGAGCUUCCUUCGACCCAGCCGGACUGGAGCUGCAGAGGCCAUGGCAGCUCCCAGGAGGGUACGUCCCCUUGCCGAGCCCCUCACCCCUAGUAGUCUACCAGCCACGCCUGAUGGCUGCCAUAAAGUGUCUCACUUCCUCUGCUUCUGUCGUGUUUUUUAUUACAUUUUUUUCCCUCUUUCUUUACUCAGCUGGUUAGCGCUGAAAUCAUGUUGAUAAGAAGAAGAUCUACUUCUUCUGUUUACCUCCUGUGACCGUUUGGAGUGUUUAUCUCAGUAUUUAUCAGUCCCAUUGUGAUGAGGAAAAGAUGAAUAUAUUCAUAUUCGGUGCAUAUACAAUGCAAAGACACAAAAUCUUACCAAGCAAUCUUUGUGUAGUUUCUAGUGCAAAUAUUUUAGUACACUUGAAAUAGUACAACACAAACUUCCAAGUAACUUUUCAGCAAGACACAGGAGCUUGUUUUAAGUCAAUAAUUCCUUAAUAUUUAUGAAAAAGUACUAGUCCCAUUGGCAGAUUAUUUUAUUUAUAACAAGACAUUUUCCCCAUGUUGUAAGUGAAAUAAUCUGCCAAUAGAACUAGCACUUUUUCCAACAAUAUUAAGGAAUUACUAACUCAGUACAAGCUCCUAUUUCUUGCUGAAAAGUUACUUGUAAGUUAGCUUCUCCUUAUUUCAAGUGUUCUAAAAUAUUUUCAUUAGAAACUACACAAAAAUUAGUUUGUAAUAUUUUGUGUCUUUGCAGUGCACCUGCUAACUUAUGCCUGCUGCAAAACUCAGUUGUUGUUUUUUUCUGCAAAGGUGUCAAUAUCAUCUGGUUGUCACCUUUUAUUUGACGUGAAAAGGUUUGUACUAAAAAAAAAAAAAAAAACAUUUCCAUAUUAUUUUUCAUUUUUGCCUCACAAGGCCUUGAUGGUUCCCCGAGCUUUGAAAAAGCUUUACAGAGAAAACAUAAACAACACACACACAUCGGCUCAGGUCAUCAGCUCAUCUUUGCUCAGGAAUACUUUAUUAAAUCUACUAAAAUUUGAUUUGUUAAACUUUUUAGGGGUAAAGAAAAAUCUGAAAUUGUCAUGAAACUGGACAUUAUUGUAGCACAUCUUUAAGAAAAGUUCAUGAAAAGAAAAUUAAAAUCUGCGUUGCAAAAUGCCUCUGGCUUCAGCAAAAUUUCACGCAUUUGUCCUUAUCUCAUAGACAAUUUGGAAUAUUAUGUCUCCUUUUUCCUUCUGCACUUCCUUGUGUUGACUUUUCAUACGACAUCCAUCACAAACACUAGUUUGUGGUUUCAGCAUUACUAAAUGUAAAAAUCUUCAGAGGGUAUGCACUGUAAAUGAAAUGUGCCUGCGCUGCAGUACUUAAGAUAUUAACUACCAGCAUAACUAAACUGACUGUUUCCUAACAUGCACAGGGAAGCUAACUAAUGUAAACACACCUAUAUGACCUUCAGAAACUCACCUGAGCAGCAUGUCUUUCCUCCUCAAAUGAAAACGACGUAAACACUGAUUCAAAUGAGCUCAUCUCACUGAUCAUUUUUGAAAUACUGACAUCCACAUUUUCUGAAAUGCUAGCAUUCUUUAUUAAACUGGAGAAUUUUGAAACACAAUUUCCUUUGACCUGUAGAGGGCAGUAUGUUAUCAAAGAACAACUUUGAUCCAAAAAUAAAUCAAACCUCAUUGCAACAAAUGUAAAUAAAGCUUUAAAACCUGCAUCCUCAAUCCAGCUGUAACUUUCUACUGAAUUUGAUCGUUUUCUUUAUUAUUUAAGCACCUUAACCUGUCUCACAAAGCCGAGCUCCUCGUGUUGAGGCUUAUAAUACAAUCAUUUUAGUAGCUUUUGUUGUUUUUCAUUACCGAUAGAAAAUUGUUUCUGCUUCAAAAAUACGGCAGAAAUUUUUAUUGAUGAGUUGUAACUUGUGCCAGCAGUUUUUUUUUUUCUACAUUAGACUGUUAUUUUUAUUUUUUUUUAAUUAUUCAGUUUUAUUGCUCAAAUUGAGACAUGCGCUGCAUAAAAGACUGCUGGGAAAAUCCUUGUAAAUACUGAAAUAAAUCAGUUGAUCCUC